UCACAUGUUCCAGAUCAUUGAUGAGCUAUAAAGCACAAACAACUCCUUUACUCUCCCUUGUUCUGCUACGCUAUAAAAUUCCCAUCUCUGCUUCUUCUCUUCAUCCGUCUGUCUCCAUUUUCCUCUGCUUGUCCAGCUUCGUCGACUCUGUCUAAGAUCUAAAUUAAAAAGCUUCAAAGAUGGGUAUGGUGGUGGUCAUCUCUUUGCCUUUGAUAAUCUUCUCGCUACUGCUUGGUUUUGGGUGCUACUUCUUGGGAAGAGCCAAAGGUAGACAAGAUAUUCGUACAAAUGCUCAAGUAUUUGGAGUACCAACUCCACCACCAGGCACAGAUACUGCUGCGCCGCUUUCUUCCUACCCAUCAUCGCCGCCUCCACCUCUUACAAAGCCAGACAACUUGAACAAUGUUUAAUCUACAUCUGGGUGAGUCUUUGUAAUUGUAUCUGAUGAAAGAAUCUGCAUUAUUAAUUUUUCUUUUUUAUAAUUUUUUGGUGUGGUAUUUGAAGUACGCAUGUGGAUUACUCUUGUAUAUUGGUUUGUCAUAUGAAUCGACGAAACUUUCAAUA